AAAACUCAUUUUCUCUGUUCCCCACCUUUUUCCUCCCCAUUGCUGUAAGAUUUUCUUUAGGAUCAUUCCUUUUUUAUUUUUAAUUUUUAUUUUUAAUUUUAUGUUUUUAUCUUCCAUUGUUCAUCUUCAGUGUGCAUUCUCCAUUCUCCAUACAUAUUUUCAGCAUAUUUUUCCAUUUUCACUUUUGGGGAUUUUUUUUUUUUCAUUAGUUGUCCACCAAUAUCGGCAAGAAAAUUGAUUUGGACGGUACCGGACCUCCUUGACGCUGUAAAAAAAUUCAAAUAAUCUUUCUCCAACUGCAGUCAAAAGCAGCGGAAGGCGCAGUAAUUCCAUCAAAUUCGUAGUAUUUGUCACUGUUUGAUGUGAGAUGGCCGAGUCAAAUAAUGGAUGAGUGCCCUGCAAUGCCUAAAAGUUGCGUCCGGCAUUCGCUCUCUGUGGCCCUAUAAAGUAUAAACCCACGCCGAAGAUCGUUCUAGCUAUCUUCUGUUUUGCGCUUCUGGAUCUCUAUUUUGGGAUUUGUAAUCUUCGCUGUAAAUUGUCUCUGUUAGAGAUAUUUUUUAUUUUUUGGGUUCAGGAGGUUAUUUUUUAUCAUUUGUUUUGUGGGUUACGGAAUCCUCUUAUCAGUUUUGAGCUUGUGCCCGGAUUUUUCUUGUGCAUUGAUUGUUCUCCUGGUGAAUUCUGUACACUCUUCAGAUAUUCUUGAAUUAAAUCCUAGAAGAUCAAGUUGCUUCAGGAAUAUUCAAUUAUCUCGAGUUUCUUUUUGAGAAUUUAGUUGUUGUAAAGAUGACCAUUGGAAGUCUUGUGCCAAAGGAGAAGAAAUCGCGAAGGAGCAAGCAAGUUGUCGAUGAGAGAGCCCCUUUGCUACCAACUAAGCAAGAGGAAGAAAGUGGGUUUGAUGAAUUUAAUGGGGCUACCUUUACAGGGGGAGUUUUUAAUUUAUCAACCACAAUAAUUGGAGCUGGAAUCAUGGCUUUGCCGGCAACCAUGAAAGUGUUGGGUCUUAUUCCCGGAAUUGCAAUGAUCAUUUUCAUGGCGUUCUUGACAGAUUCUUCAAUUGAGAUGUUGCUGAGGUUUAGCAGGGCAGGAAAAACAGUUUCUUAUGGAGGUGUUAUGGGGGAUGCCUUUGGAAAAUAUGGCAGGAUAUUGUUGCAGAUAUCUGUUCUAGUCAACAAUAUUGGUGUGCUUAUUGUGUACAUGAUAAUUAUAGGUGAUGUGCUAUCAGGAACAUCUUCAAAUGGAGUUCACCAUGCUGGUGUACUGGAAGGGUGGUUUGGUCAACACUGGUGGAAUGGGCGCACCUUUGUUCUUCUUAUCACAACACUGGCUGUAUUUGCUCCUUUAGCAUCCUUUAAGCGUAUUGAUUCAUUGAAGUUCACAUCUGCUUUAUCAGUUGCACUAGCAGUUCUGUUUCUCAUUAUUACUGUGGGAAUCACUAUUAUCAAGUUGAUAUGUGGGACUGUUUCCAUGCCCAGAUUGUUUCCCAAUGUUACUGAUAUGACAACGUUCUGGAAACUCUUCACAGUAGUACCUGUUCUUGUCACAGCAUACAUAUGCCACUAUAAUGUUCAUACAAUUGAUAAUGAACUUGAAGAUAGCGCACAGAUAAAAUCCGUUGUGCGAACUGCCCUUGGUCUUUGCUCAAGUGUGUAUAUAAUGACUAGCUUCUUUGGGUUCCUCCUCUUUGGUGAUGGGACUCUUGAUGAUGUGCUUGCUAACUUCGACAGAAACCUUGGCAUUCCAUACAGCUCCUUGCUCAAUGAUGCUGUUCGUGUUAGUUAUGCUGCCCAUCUUAUGCUUGUCUUCCCUAUUGUUUUCUAUCCACUGCGACUGAACUUAGAUGGCCUCCUCUUUCCAUCAGCAAGACCUGUAGUUUUAGACAACUGGAGGUUCGCAUUGAUCAGCACUGCGCUCAUUACCCUCAUCUUCUUGGGUGCAAAUUUCAUACCCAGCAUUUGGGAUGCUUUCCAGUUCACUGGAGCUACUGCUGCUGUUUGUCUUGGCUUCAUCUUUCCUGCUGCCAUUACACUCAGGGAUAAUCAUGGCGUGGCGACAAAGAAGGACAAGAUCUUGUGUGUAUUCAUGAUUGUUCUAGCUGUAUUCUCCAAUUUGGUGGCCGUGUAUAGUGAUGCCUAUGCCUUGUUCAAGAAGAAUUCAUCACCACGUGAGUGAUUUCUCAAGUUGUGGAGCUGUGAUCACACAAUCAUGAAGAUGCAAAUGACUGGCAGGAUAAUUUCCAAACAGAAAAUCAUGGUUCUUUUAAGAUUGGAUGAGUUUGAUUUGAUCAAGAUUUGAGCAAACCUAUGCCUUGUUCAAGAAGAAUUCAUCACCAUGUGAGUGAUUUCUUAAGUUGUGGAGCUGUGAUCACACAAUCAUGAAGAUGCAAAUGACUGGCAGGAUAAUUUCCAAACAGAAAAUCAUGGUUCUCUUAAGAUUGGAUGAAUUUGAUUUGAUCAAGAUUAGGGCUUUGCUCAAUAUAUAAAGUUGAGCUGCUUAGCUAAAAUGUAUGUUUUGCAGGUGUACAUGCAUUCUGUAUUCUUUACUUCUUUCUCCUCCUAUGUGGAUUAUUGAAUUGCAUUGUGCUUGUUAUUUGAUGUUGUGUGGUUUGGGGCUAUUCAUAGAAUUGAAGUGUAUAUCUUAGACUUGUCAUGCAA